AUGGCCAGUGUAUCACAUACCCAUUCCCACGGGGAUCUACGCGAUGAUGAAUCAAUUCUUGAUGAUGAUGUUAUUGAAGCCGAUGAUGCCAUCGACGCUGAUGACCCGUUACACGAUACCGAUACCACUCCCUUAAGAGGCAAUAUUCAGCCCGAGGCUUCGAGUUCCCGAGGAGGAAAUCUUUCCGGCAAUUACCUGACCUCUUCAAUCCCCGGUGAAGACCGCCGCGCCGCUCAGAACACCAUUGAUGAAACAGUAUGGGAAACCGUGUCGCGUGAUCUAUUGGCAGUCUGGGAGAAGAUGCGCCAGGUUUUGUGGCCCAAAUACUUGAUGGGUGGGAUGCUUCAGCGUGGUGGUGGAGGUAUUGGUGGUGCAGCCGAACGAGGAGAGGCCACUGGGUUUGGUAGUGGUGGUGGUCUGAGGAAUCUUGUGGGCCGCUGGCCGGACGCCGAUACUGUCUUGCAAGGCGGAAUGAGUGAAGGUCUGCGUGACUGGGAUCUCUGGGGUCCACUCAUUUUCUGCUUGCUUUUGAGCUUUUUCCUAGCAAUGCGCGCAAAGGGAGAUCAGUCAGACCUGGUCUUCUCCGGUGUGUUCUGUAUCGUGUGGAUUGGAGAAGCGGUUGUGACUUUACAGAUUAAGCUGCUGGGUGGGAAUAUAUCCUUCUUCCAGUCUGUCUGCAUCAUCGGCUAUACGCUCUUCCCUCUUGUCAUCGCUGCCCUUCUUAGUGCGCUUGGCCUGCCGACUAUUGCGCGGAUACCGGUAUAUCUUGUCUUGAUCGCAUGGUCUUUGGCGGCGGGCAUCAGCAUUCUUGGUGGAUCCGGAGUGCUCAAGAAUCGGGUCGGUAUCGCAGUAUACCCGCUGUUUGUCUUCUACAUUGCGAUCGGUUGCCUCUGCUUUAUCAGUUAA